UUUGCUCUCAAUUCGAAAGACCGCCUCUCACUUGCCUACUUGACUUUGUUACUCCCUCUCUUUUAUUUUCUCGUCGAAACCCUAGAACCUUGUUCGCGGAGUAUUUACACGAGAAAAACCUCAACAUUGUGUGUGUAGUUAUGGAGUUUGGGAACGAUUUCGAUCGCAUGCUCUUCUUCGAACACGCUCGCAAGACCGCCGAAAUCGCCUACGCCAAAGAUCCACUCGAUGCCGAAAAUCUGACGAGGUGGGGAGGUGCUAUGCUUGAGUUAUCACAGUUCCAGAAUGUUAGCGAAUCGAAGAUGAUGAUUCAAGAUGCCAUUUCAAAGCUGGAGGAGGCCUUGAAGGUUAAUCCGAAAAAGCAUGAUGCUAUCUGGUGCUUGGGUAAUGCUCAUACUUCUAAUGCAUUUUUGACCCCUGAUCAAGAUGAGGCUAAGGGUUCUUUUGAUAAGGCAGCCCAGUACUUUCAGCAAGCUGUUGAUGAGGAUCCGGAGAAUGAUCUUUAUCGCAAGUCCUUAGAAGUGUCUGCCAAGGCUCCUGAAUUGCACAUGGAGAUACAUAAGCAUGGUUUUGCUCAGCAGGCUAUGGCAACCGGACCUUCCACUUCUUCAACUGCAAAGACCACGAAGAAGAAGAACACUGAUCUUAAGUACGACAUAUUUGGAUGGAUAAUCCUUGCAGUUGGGAUUGUUGCAUGGGUGGGUUUUGCAAAAUCUCAUGUUCCUCCGCCACCUCCAAGAUAAGUUGAGCUUAUGGCCCCAUGUCCGAGGUGUUUGUGGGAAAUACAUCUCCAUCAGAGCCCUUACCUCUGAUUUUGUUGAAAAUCGCCCUGCACUUCGCAAGUUAAUUUUUGGCCUGAGUUAUUAUGUUUUUCACCGUAUGUAAACUGAUAUAAUAAUAAGUUAGUAUUUUUAACACAUGAUAUUUUAUUUUUCUGUAUUAAGUCGGGAACUAUUGCUGAUUAGCUGUUACAUAGAUUCACACUCUGGUUUUUUAGUUGAGAAUUAUUGACAAUUAGCUGAAAGAACUUUGAAACCAAACCCCAUCUGUUUAGAUUCA